AUGACAAAUCCUUGCAGAUGGACAAUUGUUGGAAGAUUCCUAAAAUCAAGACCCCAAAUUGAUACGAUUAGGUCAAAAUUUGAUGAGAAAUUCGCGAUGAAGGGCACUGUCAAAAUUGGGCUUUUUGAUAAUUUCAACAUCUUUUUGACCUUCAACAACGAAGCAGACUUCAAUGGCAUUCUAUAUAAGAGAGUGAUUGAGAUCGAAGGUUUUCAAAUCUGGUUGCAAAAAUGGACUCCUAACUUCAAGCCUGAGGAGGAUCUACCUAUUGUGCCAGUGUGGGUAUUGUUACCAGGUUUGCCUUUUCAUAUGCACACAAGGCAUUAUACUAAACAAAUUGUUGCUGCAGUAGGUACGCCUAUCGAAAUUGAUAUGGUGACUAAAACGAUGAAUAGACCAAGUAUGGCUAAGAUCCAAGUUGAAAUUGAUUUAAUGAAGCCUUUAAUUCAUAAUAUUUGGAUUGGUACUGAGGAUGACAAUGAACUUCUUAAAGGUUACACUCAAAAAAUUGAAUAUGAAAAUAUUCCUAAGUAUUGUAAACGUUGCAAGAAAUUAGGACACAAUAUGAUGGAAUGUCGUGUGUUAGAAAGGAAAAAGAAAAUGAAAAGAAAGAAGUGGAAAGCAUGA